GGCCUCUGCUUCUAUUCCCACCUGAUGGCCCUAUUAGCUGUGUGAUCUAUUAAGUAGAUUAGGUAGCGUUGUGUUAAUGCAGCGCAUUAUGGCCUUAAAGAAGACGUUAUUGUGAUAAGAACGUGGGUCUGUUUAAUAAAGACUAUUAUUAGUCUUUAAAAUAUUAUUUUCCAUGCCGAAUAGCUCUUUUUCAAAUUAUAAUUCUUUUGUUUUUAAAGGAUUUAUUUUUAAGUCCACCGAAAAGGCAUCCAGGAUAGUUCAUAAAUUUCCUUUUAAAAAACAAACCAAUUCUCAGGGGGUUUUUUCUCCUAAAAAAAUUAUCUCUAGCUGAUCAAAAGAAUAUUUGUGGAGCCCUAUAAGAGCCAAACCAAUUUUUUGCCUGGUAGGAUGGAAUUAAUUUUUGUUGAUGAAUUAAAAUAUCCCCUGAAAAACUGGGUUUAUAACGGGAAUAGUGAUGCAUCUGUAGUAAUAAGAUCCAUAGCUGUAAUUCACAGAAAGCACAGAUUAGGGAAAGAGAGGCAAAGGCAAUUUUAAGUUGCUUUUUGGUCGCAUUGAUUCUGGGCCAGCUGUGGGACGCUAAUUUACAGCAGCUUUAUGCAGGCUAGCAAUGGGUUCUGCUGCAGCCUCGAUUCCUGCUCAAGACUAUGGAUUCUCUUCUUACACCUCAAGAAUGCUCUGUAUGCCCGGGACUGUUAGGGAAGCAGUGAUUUUACAGGGAGUGUGGUUGCCUGUUCAGCUGCAUUCAUCAUGAUAACUCCAGCAUUUGAACUGAGCCAGGACCCAGAUUUUCUUACUAUAACAAUCAAUGUACCUUAUGCCAAAGUUUCUGAGUUUGAUGUAUAUUUUGAAGGAAAGGAUUUUAAAUUUUAUGCUAAGCCUUACUUUCUCAGGUUAACUCUUCCUGGAAGAAUUGUGGAAGAUGGAAGAGAAAAAGCAUCUUAUAACGUGGACAAAGGCAUUUUUACAGUUCGACUGCCUAAGGAGACUUCUGGUCAAUAUUUUGAUGGUUUGGACAUGCUGACGGCUCUGUUAGCACAGAAGAAAUCUAGAUCAGCUAAACCAUUAGUGGAAGAGAUAGGUACCUCUGCUGAGCUAGCCGAGGAGGAGGAGGAAGAGGAAGAAUUUGACUGGGAAAUUGAACAGACCCCUUAUCAUGAAACUGCAGAAAGCACUUUACAUUUACAAUGCUGCUAUGGGUUUGGAAAUUUGAAAUCAGGAGUGUUCCAGCGAUUGCAGGAUGAACUCAGUGAUGUUAUUGACGUUAAGGAUCCAGACUUAACUCCUGCAGAUGGACGCAGACAGAAACGACUGGAGACUGAGGCUGCUAAGUUUGAUCCUGAUCAUUAUCUUGCUGACUUUUUUGAAGAUGUAGUCAUUCAGCAUGUUUUGAAGUACAAGCCCUGGUGGGUUGAUGCUUAUGCAAAAAAGAUGGCUUCCCAGGGAAGGAAUCCUCAGGAACAUGUUAGUCAAACAACAUUCGUCUCCUUGUCAGAAGAAGAGAGAGAGCAGCUGAGAAAAUUCACAAAUAAAUCUUACCUGCUAGAUAAAAGAACCCGUCAUCAAGUGUAUUUCAGUUUAAUUGAUAUCCUUCUGGCAUACUGCUAUGAAAUUUGUAUUACUGAAGGAGACAAAAAUGUCGAGUCAUCAUGGAAUAUCAGGAAACUGAGUGCAACUUUGUGCUGGCUCGAGAGUUUCACUAGUAUUCCUGAAGUCCUGGUAUCCUUUGGAAGAAGAGUUUUAUGUUAUCCACUCUACAGACAUUUCAGAUUAGUGACACGAGCCUUCAGUGAUACAGUCAUGAUAUUGCAACUAGGUAAAAGUGCUGUUUUGAAAAGUCUGUUGGACAUUCACAAGAUUUUUCGAGAAAAUGACCCUGCCUACAUCCUUAAUGAUCUCUACAUUACGGACUACUGUAUUUGGAUUCAAAAAACCAACUGUCUCACUGAACUUUAUGUAUGCAGUGGUGGUGUAGCCAUGUUGAUCCCAGGUAUUCGAGAGACAAGGUCAAAAAAGUUGGCAGCACUUGCUGAAUCCCUACAGAAAGCCAAAUUAACUAAGGCCCAUUUAGGGUUUGAGCUGGAAGAGUUGGAAUCAGCUGCACUUCUGGUACAAGAGGAAGAAAGUGAGUUAAAAGCUGUCAGCUCUGUUUCCAAGCAACAGCUGCCUUCCUCUGAAUUGGAGACGAGUGACUCUGAAGAAUCAAGCAGUACUUCAUCAUCUGAGACAGAAAGCUCUGAUUCAGAUGAACAAGAGUCCUCAACCAGUGAAGAUGGGAAAAUAAAUUCUCUACAAGGCACACUCCAAGAGGAGAGGACAGCCCCACUUAUUGACUGCAAUGGAUUAGGGCGAGACACAGACACUUUGACGUUAGAUGUUAGUAAUGAAAAAUCGAAGGCUUCUUUACAAUCUACAUCUGUUCCUGGAAAACUGAUAGAGGAAUUAGGAAAGAAAAUGCAGACUGCAAUUAGGCUUUCAGAACAGCCCGAAGAAUUGGCUACUGCGAGCUACACAGUUUUGCAAGAGAAAGGAGCAAAUUAUGCAGUUGAACCCCAAAGACUUUCUGAGGAUCCAAGUGGAAAAGAAAAUUUCUUGGAGGUUUCCCCAAAGAAAAACCUACUGCUGUUUGUUGGCAGCACAAAUGAAGAUGAAGACUAAACAAGCGUGUUAGGAAAAACUCUGACCCUUUACGUAAUACAGCUCAUCGCUAUAAUGUGAUAUUGUUCCUAUAUCUAAUGUGUGCAAAAAGGAGGUGAUAUUUUUCCUGGGUUUUUUUUUCACCAUGUUGACAGUUCUUAAACACAAGACUGCUUUGAAGAGAAUCAACAAGACUUUUUCAAACCCUCAUAAUUAGAUAUAUUUUGUACAUCAGUGAUUCAUCAGAAAGUAAAAUUUUGAUCCCCAAAUGUAGGAAUCUGUAACUUCAGUAAAUACUUUCAGGAACAGUUUUAAUUAAGGUUAGUAAUGGAAUAAAGAGAGAGAAUGAAAUAUAACUGAAAAUAGUUGUACCAUCAGUUAACUGCCUCAAUUGAUGACAUCUUCUUGAUAAAUACCCCCGUAUAUUCAUGAUUUUUUUAAUGACAUUUUACUACAUUAUUGAAUUUCAAAUAUUUUAUUACUAAUUUCUCUGCUUUAAAAAUAAUGAUGAAUGUCAUAAAAAUCCAAUCAGCACUGGUAGUUUUUGUUUGUAGAGCCAAAUAAAUGUUCCUCAUCUUUUUGUUAGUACAAAAUAAAGGGAGUUUCUUUAUUGUGAGGUCCAAGCAAUGCUAUGUAUGACUUCUGUUUCUACAGUCCUGUUAUAAAUUGUUCUUUACCACUUUCAGCAUUUGUUUAUUUUACUGUGCUGUCCAUUUUUGGAAAUGUUUCUAGGUUGUCUCCUUUUCAAAAAUGAAAAAAUCUUGGUUUGUAUUACUAUUCCAGGGCUGUUUCUGGCCCCACUGAGGUGGGGAGACAAUGUGGUCUACUGCUCUGAGCACAAGAAUGAAAGCCAGGAACUCACAAUUUCUAGUCCCAGCUCUGCCACUGAUUUACUCUGUGUCUUUGAAAAAAGUCACUUAACCUCCCUAUGCCUCAAUUUCUCCAUCAGUAAAAUAUGAAUAAUACUUGCCUA